CCCCCGCCCCCCUUUGUCGCGGCCCCGGCCCCGCUCCCCGCCCCCACGGCCCGCUCCUCGCCGCCUUUCUUCCUGCCUCGCCUUCCUGCGGCGCACGGCUCAUCCAUUAUAGAUGCACACUCGGGGCUGACAUCAGCGACGGGCGCCCACGGGCCGUCCCCGCGCGCUGCCCGCCCCGCGCGGCCCCCCGGGCUCGCCGCAGCCUCCCCGGGCGCGGGGCGCGCGCCCACCGCCGCCCGCGCCGCCCGGAGCCCGGUGCCCGCCGCCCGGAGCGCCUGCAUGACUGUCACAAAGAUGUCCUGGCGCCCGCAGUACCGCAGCUCCAAGUUCCGGAAUGUGUAUGGGAAGGUGGCCAGCCGGGAGCACUGCUUCGACGGUGUCCCCAUCACCAAAAACGUGCACGACAACCACUUCUGCGCUGUCAACGCCCGCUUCCUGGCCAUCGUCACCGAGAGCGCGGGUGGCGGCGCCUUCCUGGUCAUCCCCCUGGAGCAGACAGGCAGGAUUGAACCCAAUUACCCCAAGGUCUGUGGCCACCAGGGAAAUGUACUGGACAUCAAGUGGAACCCCUUCAUGGAUAACAUCAUCGCCUCGUGCUCAGAGGACACAUCGGUGCGGAUCUGGGAGAUCCCAGCGGGCGGCCUGAAGCGCAACAUGACGGAGGCCAUCCUGGAGCUGCACGGCCACAGCCGGCGCGUGGGGCUGGUCGAGUGGCACCCCACCGCCAACAACAUCCUCUUCAGCGCAGGCUACGACUACAAGGUCCUCAUCUGGAACCUGGACGUCGGGGAGCCGGUGAAGAUGAUCGACUGCCACACGGAUGUCAUCCUCUGCAUGUCCUUCAACACGGACGGCAGCCUGCUGGGCACCACGUGCAAGGACAAGAAGCUGCGCGUCAUCGAGCCGCGCUCCGGCCGCGUGCUGCAGGAGGCGAACUGCAAGAACCACAGGGUGAACAGGGUGGUGUUCCUGGGCACCAUGAAGCGGCUGCUGACCACGGGCGUGUCCAGGUGGAACACGAGGCAGAUCGCCCUCUGGGACCAGGAGGACCUGUCCAUGCCCCUGACCGAGGAGGAGAUCGACGGACUCUCGGGCCUCCUGUUCCCCUUCUAUGAUGCGGACACACACAUGCUCUACCUGGCCGGAAAGGGAGACGGGAACAUCCGGUACUACGAGAUCAGCACGGAGAAGCCGUUCCUGAGUUACCUCAUGGAGUUCCGCUCCCCGGCCCCUCAGAAAGGCCUGGGGGUCAUGCCCAAGCACGGGCUGGACGUGUCGGCCUGCGAGGUGUUCCGCUUCUACAAGCUGGUGACGCUCAAGGGCCUGAUCGAGCCCAUCUCCAUGAUCGUGCCCCGGCGGUCCGACUCGUACCAGGAAGACAUUUACCCCAUGACGCCCGGCACGGAGCCCGCGCUGACCCCGGACGAGUGGCUGGGAGGCAUCAACCGAGAUCCCGUGCUGAUGUCCUUGAAGGAAGGCUACAAGAAGUCUCCCAGAGUGACCUUCAAGGGCCCCAUCAGGGAGAAGAAGAGCGUGGUGGUCAACGGGAUAGACCUGCUGGAGAACGUCCCGCCCAGGACAGAGAAUGAGCUCCUCCGGAUGUUCUUCCGGCAGCAGGACGAGAUCCGGCGGCUGAAGGAGGAGCUGAACCAGAAGGAGGUUCGGAUCCGGCAGCUCCAGCUGGAGCUGAAGAACUUACGCAACAACCCCAAGAGCUGCUAGCUCGGCCCCCCGCUCUCCCGUCCGGCCCUCACGUCCCUCAGCCUGGCCUGGGGCUGGGGACGGCCCGAGGACCCGACCUGCCACCCCCAGCCAGCGCCCUCCCCAGAGCCUCCCGCAGCCCGGGCUGGGACCAAGCCCCGGCCAGCCAGCGGGGGACACGCCUGCCAGGAUCUCAGGAGACUUAGAACUCGCACCUCUCCCCUGCGGGGGCUGCAGGACAAGGCGGCCCUCCCUGCCGGGGUUCCUGCUGUCCCGCCUCACCCUGGGCGGGGGGCGCGGUGCAGCCCGGGCCCCUCAUCCCACCCCUCUUGUCUUCAGGGAAUUGCUCGCCAAGGCCAUAAUCCCCCCGCCCUCGUCCCCGUGAGUCUCCAAAGCUCUUGCCUUCCCUCCCGUGUUUCCCUCCCGAGGCAGGCAGGGUGGACGAGCGUCCACCCCCAGGCGAAUGACAGGACUGAAGGUUGCCACGGGGACUUGCCAGGUCACACUCAGCAGGUCAACGGCGGCGGGACCUGGGCCAGCACCCUGAGCGUUCGGACUCUGGGCCGGGCCCUUGCCCUGCAGCAGCCAGGUGUCAGUCCUGAGGGAGCCCCCGCGUGCUCGGGAGAAAGCGCACCCCCCCACAUCUGCCCAGACACGCCAAGGUGUCCGGGGAGGCCCUCGCCCCGCGCCUCCUGGCCCGCCCGCUGCCCCGCGUCCAUCUGAGAUGAGGCCUUUGCUGCCCAGGCGGAGGCUGAGCAGGUGGCGGGGCGGCUCCGUCCUCCGCCCCCAGCCGCUUUCUGCCUUACGCGCAGGCUGGACCACGGCCCUGGCGGCCAGAGCACUUUAACGUUUACAGGUUUCCCGGCGUGGGGGUCUCCGGUCACCUGGCAUCUGUCUGCAGGAGUGGGGCGCGGGCGGGCGCCCCGGGCGCAGACUCCCGGCCCCCACGUGUCCGUCUCAACUCAUUCUUUAGUUUCCUCCUCCAUCACCCGCCGCGUUCCUGGGGACAGUCGCGGCGCAGACGCAGGGACGGAGCGCUGGCUGGGGUCAGGAUGUGGGUGUCCCUUCUCCCCCUCCACCCAUUACUAGAAUCCAUGCGACACGGUUUGCCCCGCCCCUGCAUUUUCCCGGGCGCCCGUGCAGGCUUCUCCCAAGCCCCUCUGCCCGCGCCGGCUCACGCAGGGUCCCCCCACCCCACUCUCACCACCAGACGGCGUCUGCUCAUCUUCCCGCUCCACAUCUCUCAAACCUCUUCUGUCUUAUUUUCCAGUUUUUCCUCCCCCACGGACCUUUGUGGUCUCCUGUGAUUAUUUAUGCUGCCUCCCAAGGAUAGAAUUGAAAUAAAAUGUUUUCAACGUA